AUGAACAACACAGUCAGCGGCAUUUACCCCAGUGAUCAAAUGAGACGAUGGAACACCAUAGCUCGGUAUGGCUGGCCGGUCGUCGUCAGCAGCAGCACCUGGGCAAUUACCGUUGCUUUAAUAGCCCUCUUGUACCAAGCAGUUGCGGUGCGACUCUUUUUGCCAUAUACCAUGACCCUCUUCUCGCUGCUUUCUGAGGAUCAUCGAGAGUGGGAUGUCGACCAGUUCAGAGUGGCCAUGGCAAACACGAAGAACCCCCUUGGCGCGCUAGUUAAUACCCCGGCCCAACGAAGCCUGUUCAGCUGUUGGCGCAAAAGGCACCGCCAAGCUGGGAGUAUCGCUUUGCUUUGGUUCCUCGGCGCUAUAGUAUUGGCUGUGUUUCCCUUUCUUCUGCCUCUGGCUCUGGCCAGGGGAAUUCCUGUGGUCCAGGGAGUCCCCGGCUCAACUAAGUACUGUAGUCCAAUGCUCAAUUCUAGUACUUGGAUGGCUUCAGCCCAUUACGACAAGCUACUCUCUCUAGACAUGAUGCGGUCCGUCGAUGCGUAUGGUUAUAAUUAUAGCGCCACGAAUGCCAAGUCUAUCGGUCUCCCCCAUGCUAAAGACCGUGUCGCGAUCUCUUCGAGCUGUCCAAUGUGGGCGCCAGCCUGCGAGUCGAAUAACUCAUUGCAAGUUAAUAUCAACUUCUGGGUAAAGCAAUCCGAUUUGGGUAUUGCCAGCAAAACAGCAUCCGAAGAUGCCGAAUUCGGAGUGUUGAACACCUGCUAUAAGUUGCAAGGUCGCAGCAAACUCCUUCAGAAAAGGGAAGACGGCGCGGAUACAUAUGGACUGCUCUAUGGCACAGCAAGUAGUGGUACUAGCGGAACUCCAUAUGUGACUGAGGAGUUUACCCCUAUGGAGAGGUUUGGAUACGGCUACAACUUAUUCACCUACUUUAACACGACUAGGGAGUCACGACAGUCCGCCUGGGAACCCAAUAGUACACUGGCCCACGACGGCGAUCUAACAAUUCUAUUUUACCAUAUUGGCAGUAUUUUGAGUCCAAGUCCAAGCGAUGAUCCAAUCUUUGGGACCACUAGCGGACCUAUUAAUGGCAACGAGACGUAUAUCUACACUCACGGAAUCAUACCAGUUAUAUGCAACACAAGCUAUGCCUACUGCCCUGGCCAAGACGGAGAUUGCGUUUCUCUGAGAGGCAACGAUGCGAUCGGCGAAUAUGUUUACAAGCAUGAGAAUUCUAGUAACCGGGAAAGUCUGGGCUUCCUCGAACUGAUGUGGAUUAAUACAUGGAUCCCAUUGUUUCAUAUACUCACUGGCAACAGCGAGUCAGUAUAUGCCAGUCGCACUCUAUCACUUGGAUCGACGCAGCUGGUUCCACAACUGAUAAGCGGACACGCUGAGCUUGUCCGUCUAGCCCUCAUGAGUCGUAUGCUGCUCCUCACUGCCGCCAACCGAGCUGUAUCUGGCUGGCGCAAGUAUGUCUCACCCGGUCUCCCCAUGUGGACUGUGGACGCGAGCGAGGAGCAGUUAGCCACGUGCCGGCUGACGCUGAUGGAAGAGCAGGGGAAGAUUACAACAUCCGCAUGGGUGAUCUUCGUUGUUGUUUUCAUUGGCGGCAUACUCCUGCUUGUGUCCUUCACAGGCCCAUUGUUGCGUUAUUUCUUUUGGAAGCGGCUGUGUGUAUUCACAAUUCGAUGGAGACUACGCACGGCACCACAUUUGCACCGAAUAGCACUCGAGCGUGGAGACCCGAGUCUAUUCUGGCCUGGCGAUGCAACGGACGAAUGGCCGACUGGAAGGGGCUGUGUGGAUAGGGUGGGAUUAGUCGAGACUUGCACAGGAUACCAUGCCGUCUACGCUCCUGACGCGCAGUUGAGAUAUAAACCGAAGCAUUCCUCUAGGCGUGCAGAUGAAAUGGAGCUGACAGGGAAUUUAUCGUGA